UCCAAGAAGUCGGUGAUCAACAUAGAUGCAAUGUUUGAUGAAAUAUUCAUGCUUAAAGGAUUUCAAGAGGAUGAGAAAGGUGAAACAUAUAAUAGCAAAGGAGCGUCAGAGUUAGACAGUUCUGAUAGUAACAACCCCAAUCAAAGGUCAGAUAGUUCUAGUUCAAGAGCAUCGGAGUCCUGUUACACUGAGAUCCCG